GGCUAACUCAGGAGCAAAGGAGAGAGGAGCAGAGAGAGGAGUAUUUACACAAGAGAAAUAAGUGGCAGAUUGACAGACAUCCUCCACUGUAGCCAUGGAGACGUUGAGAAGCCUUCUCUUUCGGUCCGCCCCUCAGUCCCGGGGGUCUCGCUCGAUCUACAAGCGCGGCGCCGGGAGGGGCGGGACCCUGAGCCUCGACGGGCGUGAGGAGGAGGAGGAGGAAGAGGGCGGGGCCGAGAUGAAGAUGGUCGAAGCUGAGCCCGACAACGACCCCGAGGUGCCCUCUCUGACCCGUGACAUCACCAGCCUGGUUCUGCGCAGACCCCCAGACCACCGGAGGGCACUGCUGUACCUCGUACUGACUGGUCUGAUUAUCUUUAUAGCGGCCUUCUUGCUCGGGUACCUGGCGUUCCGCAGGUCGUGCUACUCCUGCUCGGAGGGGGGUGCUGAGUUUGUGUCGGUGGACGACCCCCCCAGUUCGGACUCUACCCUUCAGGGGGGCGUGCUGUACUGGGCGGGGCUGAGAGACAUGCUGCAGAAAUACCUGGGAGACGAAUCCAUCGAGAAGACAGUGCGUCGGUUCAGCCAGUCCCCUCACCCCCCCGGCUCUGCGGAGGGGAAGACUCUGGCUGCAGAGGUUCUGGACACGUUUAAGAAGCUGAAUCUGGACCACACCUGGACUGACUCCCACUACGCCAGGCUGCAGUUCCCUGACCGGAUGAAGCCGAACUCCCUGCAUGUUGUGGACAGCGCGGGCCGGACCGUUGGAGACGUUGCUCUGGAGAGCUCUGCUGUGUACUGCGCCUACAGCGCCACGGGGAACACCACGGGGAGUCUUGUCUACGUGAAUUACGGGCGGAGGGAGGAUUUCGAGGUGCUGGAGAAACUCGGGGUGCAGGUGAAGAACAACAUCGUCAUCACCAGGGUCGGCAAGAUCAGCUUCGCAGAGAAGGUUGCGAACGCAGAGCAGUUUGAGGCUGGGGGGGUGCUGGUGUACCCCGAUCCCGCGGACAUACCACAGGACCCCAGGGGGCUGGGUCUGUACAGCUACACUGCCAUCUCUGAGCAUGUCCACCUCGGGUCAGGUGACCCCUACACCCCUGGCUUCCCUUCCUUUAACCACACCCAGUUCCCUCCCAUCCAAUCAUCCGGCCUGCCCAGCAUCCUGGCUCAUCCAAUCAGUGCCAACGUGGCUUCCAAACUGCUCAGUCAGCUGUCAGGCCCGGACCCUCCCAAGUCGUGGCGCGGACGCCUCCCCUACGUGACCUACAGACUGGGCCCCAGUUUGACCAGUGCAGACCAGCGGAGGUUCAGACUGGGAGUCAAUAACUACAUGAGCUCCGUGCUCAUCAAUAACAUCUUCGGAUCUGUGGAGGGCAAGGAGGAGCCAGAUCAGUACAUCAUUCUCGGAGCUCAGAGGGACUCGUGGGGUCCUGGAGCCGCCAAGUCCGGGGUGGGCACUGCCAUCCUGCUGGAGCUGGCGAGGACCUUCAGAGCCAUGGUGCAAAACGGGUUCCAGCCCCGGAGAAGCUUGCUGUUUGUCAGCUGGGAUGCCGGGGACUUCGGCAGCGUGGGCGCCACCGAGUGGCUGGAGGGUUACCUGACAAUGCUGCACCUGAAAGCGGUCGCCUAUUUCAGUCUGGACAGAGCUGUGCUGGGGGAUGACCGCUUCGUUGCUUACACAAGCCCCCUGCUGGCUAACCUCAUCGAGGGAGUCAUCAAACAGGUGGACAGUCCCAAACACCCGGGACAGACCAUCCACUCCCAGCUGCUGAGACAGGGACGACACUGGAAGAGCGAGAUAGUGAGAGCCCUGUUUCUGAACAGUGGCGCUUACAGCUUCACUGCAUUUGGGGGCGUGCCAGCGAUGGAGAUCAGCUUCACAGAGGACUCCCGCCCGUACCCCUUCCUCAACACAGAGCUGGAUACCUUUGAGAACCUGCAGGUGGCGCUGCAGGGCAGGCUGGGGGUGCUGGGCCGCGCGGCCGCGGAGAUCGCGGGGUUGAUGGCGCUCAGACUUGCCCACGACCGCAUCCUGCCCCUGGAGUACUCGUGCUACAGCGAGAGCACCCUGCAGUUCAGCGCACAGCUAAACAAGUACAGCAAGGAGCUGCAGUCCCGCGGUCUGACCCUGCAGUGGAUCUUCUCCGCUCGCGGGGAUUAUAACCGCGCCGCGGACGAGCUGCGCAGAGCCAUCCUGAACAGCGACGAGAGCGACGAGAGGCUGGUGCGUCUGUACAACAUGAGGAUCACGAGGGUCGAGUUCUACUUCCUGUCCCCGUACGUGUCCGCGACGGAGACGCCGUUCCGUCACAUCCUGCACGGCCGGGGGCCCCACACGCUGGGGGCCCUGCGGGAGCACGUGGCCCUGCUGAGGGACGAGCCCGGCCGCUUCGACGAGGCCAGAUUCCGCAGGCAGCUCGCACUGCUCACCUGGACCCUGCAGGGGGCAGCAAACGCACUGAGCGGGGAGGUGUGGGACAUCGACAACGCCUUCUAGAGAGAGGAGGAGAGUGUGUGUGUAUGUGCGUGUGCGUGUCAGUGUGUGUGUAACAGUGUGUGUGUGUGUGUAAGUGUGUGUGUAUCUGUAUGUCUGUGUGUGUGUUUGCGUGUGUCUGUAUGUGUAUCUGUGUAUGUAUCCGUGUGCGUCUGUGUCUGUGUGCCUGUGUGUGUGUGUCUGUGUGUGUUUAAGUAUGUCUGUGUGUGUGUGUUUGUUUGUCUGUGUCAGUGUGUGUCUGUGUGUAUCUGUAUGUCUGUGUGUGUGUGUGUUUGUGUGUCUGUGUCAGUGUCUGUGUGUAUCUGUGUGUCUGCGUCUGUGUGUGUGUCUGUAUGUCUGUGUGUGUGUGUGUUUGUGUGUCUGUGUCAGUGUGUCUGUGUGUAUCUGUAUGUGUGUGUGUCUGCGUCUGUGUGUCUGCGUCUGUGUGUGUGUGUAUGUCUGUAUGUGUUUAAGUGUCUGAGUGUGUUUGUGUGUGUGUGUGUCUGUGUCUGUGUCUGUGUGUGUGUGUGUGUGUGUGUGUGCGUGUGUGUGUAAUCUUGUGCAGUGUAAUUUCCUGCAGUACUAUGAUUCUGUUCUGUGUAGUUUGGUAGCUGCCGCAGUGCCCCCUGGUGGCUCUGUUGUUAAUUGCUUGUUAAUUCCUCAGUGGCUGAUCAUGUGAUUCUUUUUUAUUGUGAUAAUGAAGCCGUUUCCGAUGUAGAGUAAUUAUCGGGAGCAGUGCCUUCCAUAAUUAUGACAGUUAUACUGUCGUCCAAUCAAAAAGCAGCAUCUGCUAACAAUGGGAAGUGAUGUCAGAGGGCAGGUGGGCGGGGCACAGCUGGAGGACCAAUCGGAAGCAAUGAGGUCACAGUUUAGAACUGCAGCAUGGUGUCUAUAUAAAGUCUGGUGCGCUGGCAUUGCCCGCUGUGGGCUGGGCAGAGCCUGACUGUGCUGUAUGACAUCACAAAACCCCAUUUAUAUAACAAUCUCCCCCUCGUGUGACCUCAUCACCUCUCCUCUGACGUCACAGUACGCUGCCAAACCAGUUUGUUAAUUGGAAACCAGCAGCACCAGUAAGACUUUUCAGGGAACUGGAAAACUCAGUAUAUUAUCGGGAACAGUGAGUCCCAUAAUUUAUUACUAUUGUCGUUAUUGAUAAUUACAAUUAUUGAUUACUGAUUUGUGGGCGUGCCUUUGAUUUGUUUGUAAGCUUUUUACUCUGCUGUUCCUAGAGCUCAGAGCUCCCCUCAAUGAAGUCUGUUAUUAUUAUUAAUAUUGAAAUGAUCAGGAGCCAGGAGUUUGAGCAGGGUUACAAACUCACACUAGCCCUGCUGCUGCUGCUGCUGCACCCAGUCCUGGGGUUCAGAGCUCCCCUCAAUGAAGUCUGUUAUUAUUAUUAAUAUUGAAAUGAUCAGGAGCCAGGAGUUUGAGCAGGGUUACAAACUCACACUAGCCCUGCUGCUGCUGCUGCUGCACCCAGUCCUGGGGUUCAGAGCUCCCCUCAAUGAAGUCUGUUAUUAUUAUUAAUAUUGAAAUGAUCAGGAGCCAGGAGUUUGAGCAGGGUUACAAACUCACACUAGCCCUGCUGCUGCUGCUGCUGCACCCAGUCCUGGGGUUCAGAGCUCCCCUCAAUGAAGUCUGUUAUUAUUAUUAAUAUUGAAAUGAUCAGGAGCCAGGAGUUUGAGCAGGGUUACAGACUCACACUAGCCCUGGGGUUCAGAAGCCCCCCUGUUCUGUUUUAUUGUUGAAACGAUACUAACCUGCCUCUGUGUUGCUGCUGUGUUUUGCUCUGAAGUGUCUGAAUAAAUAAAUAUAUUACAUCAUUGAAA